AUGAAGGUUCUCGCUGUGAUCGUGCUUCUCUGCCUCGGAGUGCACUCCAUCCCACUGGAAUCUCCUCCGAGUCCUCCAGUCGUGCUUAGUCAUGGAAACCAGGUGAAAGAGCCCGAAUACGCAAUGGUUCCUGAUGCUGAAGGAUACAUGCAUCUAGUGGACAUCAAUGCUGAGCUCAGCGAGCCCGAAACCUUCUUCGAGGCUGAGCGGGAUGUUGUCUUCAGGCUCUUCACGCACACAGUGAGUAAUCGCGUGGUUCAGCUGGACAAUCCCGGUUCCUUGACUGGAUCCAGCUUCAACGCCAAUCACCCAACGCGUUUCAUCAUUCACGGCUGGAACGGAGACGGAAAUUCGGGCAUCAACAACGCCAUCCGCACGGCUUACCUCGCUCGAGGGGACUUCAACGUCUUCGUCGUGGAUUGGGGCGCAGGAGCCAACUCGAACUACGUCACAUCGCGCAACAGAGUGGAUGCCGUGGGUAGGGCUCUGGCCAGAUUCAUAAUCUUCCUCAAUGAUCACACUGGCAUGGCUCUGACCAACGUAAAUGUAGUUGGACACAGUUUGGGUGCUCAUAUCGCUGGAAUCGCAGGAAAGAACACACUCGUGAGAGGAGGAAUUUCAGUGAUUGUGGGUUUGGACGCCGCCUUCCCGCUAUUCUCCGCCGAUCGUCCGUCUGAGCGUCUCCAUAAUGGCGACGCAAGAUAUGUGGAAUCAAUGCACACGAACGCGGGACUUCUUGGCUUUGACACUCCCUUGGGAGAUGCCAGCUUCUAUCCCAACUAUGGAAGGAGUCAACCUGGCUGUGGCAUCGAUCUGGCUGGAAACUGUGCUCACAGUCGCGCUCAUCAAUUCUACGCCGAGAGCAUCACCACUGAUCGUGGCUUCUGGGCGCGUCCUUGCGCCGAUUUCAGCAACAUCCUGAACGAGAACUGCCAGGCGAUUGGAGUGGAGACUUUGAUGGGCGGCGAGCCGGCCAACGUCAACGCUCGGGGAAUCUUCUGGUUGCGCACCAACAGCAACAGUCCCUUUGCCAUGGGGCGCAUCUGA